CUGAAUCGGCCAUGCAAACCUUAUCAGUCCAUGCUAAGCCAGGGUCUUAAAGGCGAUGCUUGCUGAGAACCUGGUCCGUGUCCAAUCGGGAUCUUACUCUAUUCGGUGCUCCGAAAUAAGGUUUGCGGACAUGAUUCCCUCUUGAGCGUCCUUUUGAAUGCGUUCCUGAAACGGCCAUUCAAGGGGUGAAACAAAACCUUCGAUUUCGGUAAUUGAGCGCGGGAGACGAAUUGACAAAGAAGCAGGUUUCUUAGUGCCAGUGCUUGGAAUCAUCAGUGACCCGUUCUGUUCUGGGAUAGAUUGUAAUGACACCUUCUGUAUCAGUCCCAAUCAGGUGUUUGCUGAAACUGGGAGGGUAUAAGAUCGUCUUCGUCCCAUCAAUUCUCAUACAGGUACAGUUUGAUCAGCCGAGUUGUCUCCUUGGAAAAUACAAACAUUCAUUUACUGUCAUUCAUUUUGAUCAUGACUAGAUUCCAGGCGCUUACCUUAGCUGCUCUCAGUUGUCUGCAUGCAACAACUGCAUCAGCUUACCCACGCCAAGAUGUCAAUCUGCGCUCAGAAUACGAUUAUAUCAUUGUUGGUGCAGGAGCUUCAGGCCUCACCGUCGCCAACCGCCUAUCGGAGGACCCUGCCGUGACUGUCCUCGUGAUUGAAGCUGGUGACUUCGAUAAAAAUGAAGACAUCGUGACAAUUCCAGGCCUUGCUGGUGGUGCUGUCGGCACAAAGUACGACUGGAAUCUUACUUACCCUGCCACCGAUUCUCUCAAUGGCCGCAACGUCUCGAUUCCUUUGGGCAAAGUCGUUGGAGGCUCAACCAAGCUUAAUCGCAUGGUCUACGAUCGAGGUUCCAAGGCAGAUUAUGAUCGCUGGGCUGAGUUAGGUAACAGCGAUUGGCAGUGGAAUACCCUGCUUCCUUAUUUUAAGAAGAACGAAAAGUUCACUGGACCAACUGCCGAUAUCAAGAAGGAAUAUGGUAUCACCACGGACCCUUCUGCGCAUGGUUCUUCAGGUUUCAUUCACUCCAGCUACUCGCCUUUCUUCUGGCCCACGACGAAGAAUCUUGUUGGGGCCACCGGUGAGCUCGACAUCAACAUCGCCGUCGACCAAGCCAACGGUGGCGCAAUUGGAGGAUACUUCUGCCCUCACAACCUCAACCCCAAGACUCUUGUUCGCUCCUCUGCACAGGACUACUAUAGCGCUGUUUCUCAGCGCAAGAACCUCCAGCUUCUUCCAGGCAACCAAGUUACUCGCAUUCUCACUAGCAAGAACGGAAGUUCCGUAAAGGCUACUGGUGUCCAGUUCGCGAAGAACAGGAACAGCGCCAAGAGUACUGUCAAGGCAAAGAAGGAAGUCAUCCUUGCGGCUGGAGCCGUUCACACCCCCCAGAUCCUGCAGGUCUCUGGUAUUGGUGACUCGGCUCUUCUCUCCAGCAUCGAUGUACCUGUCGUCGUUGAUCUCCCUGCUGUCGGCCAGAACUUCCACGAUCACGUUCUCCUCGCCAUCGUGAACACAAUCAAUGCUCCUAUUCAAUCCGGCAAUCUUACUAGCAACGCCACUUUCGCUGCUGAAGCGCGCGCUGAAUACGAUCAGCAAAAGAAGGGGCCUCUGACUUCACCUACUGGUGACUUCCUUCUCUUCCUCCCUCUCUCCAACUACACGAACUCCGCUUCGGAUAUUUACAAGCAGGCCGCUAGCCAGGACGGCUCCAAAUUCCUCCCUUCAGGCACGCCCGCUGAGGUUGUCAAGGGCUACAAGAAGCAACAAAAGGUCCUUAACGGAAAGCUUCUUGAUACCAAGUCUGCCAUUCUGGAGAUUAUCUGGGCCGAUGGAGUCUCAGUCCUUGGUCUCCAACACCCUUACUCUCGAGGCUCCGUCAAGGCCAAGUCUGCCAACAUCUUCGACUAUCCCGAGGCCAACCCAGAGUUUCUCAAGAACCCUCUCGAUAUCGCAAUUCUUACCGAAGGUGUCAAGUUUGCUCGCAAGCUUUCCGGCGCACCCUCAAUCAAGGCCCUGAACCCCUUUGAGAUUGUGCCAGGAGUCAACGUCACAAGUGACAGUGACAUUGAACAGUUCAUCCGCAACAGUGCAUCGACUCUGUUCCAUCCCGCUGGCUCUUGCAAGCUUGGUAGCCGCAGUGAAGGUGGUGUCGUUGAUGAGAAGCUCCGAGUCUACGGCAUUAAGGGGCUUCGCAUCGUCGAUGCCAGUGUCAUCCCUUUGCUUCCUGCCACGCAUACUAUGACGACUGUUUAUGCUGUCGCUGAGAAGGCUGCCGACUUGAUCAAGCGCGGUUGA